UGUAGGUGUGGUGGAGAUGGUGGUGUGGUGGUGGUGAAAUAAUGGGGUCUUUGUGCUGUGACCCAGGCUGGCGUGAUAGGCCGUGGUGCGUUGUGCAUGCCAGUGCUCUGAUCUGAGUGACGUGCGAACUUUUUCAUGCGCUGCAGUGGUUGCUUAAUAGUGAGUGUCCAAAGUAGUGGUGGACAGUGUCCGGCAGCGGGAGGCUCUCCCCACGCGGCGUGUCUACCGAGGCGAGGGAGUCUACUACAAUCGUUCAUUAUCGAUCAAGAUGUGGUGCUUCUGACUUACAAGAUCAAUAGCGAGUUUCCCUCACCUGGCGGCCCCUCACUCCCUCCCCUCUGACACCCUCCCUGCCCCGCCCAGGCAACAGUGACGCCUUGCGGCGGUGACGCACCGUUACUUCACCCUGCGAGGUUGUUACGCCAUGGCCAAGCUGCUGGAGGGUGGUAGGGAUCGCAAUGUGCGUCAGCGACUCUUGCGGCGACACACGGAGGAAGAGCCACCCAGGCCCCAGAGGAGGGAGCAAGUGAAGCGGUCAACCUCAGCUGGGGAGCGCGGAAGACAGCAUGGCCCCUGCAAAGGAGAGGACAUCACGUCCUGUCAUCCAUCAUCCCUGGCCGCCCCGCUCUCCUCCCUAGAGGUUAGGGCGCGGCGCCUCGCCUGGUCCGCGAGGGAAUCUGUCACGCCCACAUUAAAACAGCCAACAGAGGGACGCCCUGCUGACUGUGUGACGUGCCCUUCUCGCCAGAGACCAAAAAGUAGCGGCCAGCUGGUCUACUCUCUCUCCCCCGCUGCCCAAACACCACAGGUCACUAGAAAAACUUCUGAGGCUUCUAAUGAUCUUGAUGAGUAUACGUGCAUCGGCACUGGCGUAGAAAUCACGAAGAGGGAGCCUGCCGCCAAAGGGGGUCAGGCCCGGCAGGAGCACCACCGACAGCGUUCUGACUCUUGGCCUGAGGUGACUUGGCCACAGAUAGUCAGACGCGCAUCCCUCACGUCCCUCGGCCACGCCUCCUACGGAAGCAAGCUGGAAGUGGAGCCCUAUGACGGUCUGAUAAUCCAGAAAGCACCAGUUCUUACCGGGCCCAGCAAGGGCGAAACACCGCCGCCGUGUGGUCAUGAGGCAGACGAGGAGAGCGAUGCAGAGGACAAUGAGCAAACCUCGCCGGCCAGGCUCCGAGGCUACUGGGCUAAAGGAGGCUCCACCUUCCUUCCCUUCAGAAAACUGUUCACUAAACCCAGACAGAUGAACGAGGAACUGGAGGUGGGGAACUCUUUCCAGCAGCUGAGUCAAUCUGAGCGGGAGGUCAUCAGCAGGACGCGGCGAGAGCUGAAGCAGCGGCUCUCGUCAGCCAACAGAAGGCGCGGAAACAAGGACGACAAGAUGCAGCUCAGCAUUAUCGUCAGCCCGCCAGCUGACGGCGACCACAGCAGCGGCGGCGAGGAGUUCCGCUCACCAUUCAUUCGCACGUCCAUUCCUGUCCUACCUGACGACCAGUGCGAAGGCAGCAGCCAGCCCCAAGAAGAUGCCUACGUGCCACCACAGCUCUUGAAGAAGGGAGCAAGGCAAUCGGUGUUCAGGAAAAGUUCUGGGGGCAGACGAGUUAUGGGAAGGGGAUUCUUCCGCAGACCGCGACGCCAGGAGGUGACUACCGUGAUGUCCCAGGUGAGCCCCGUCCCCAGCGACCACGAGUCACAACCUGGCCACAACGCCUCCCAGGGCCAGGGCGGGCUGCUGCAGGCCAUCCUCACUGACGCUGAAACUUACGCCAACAGCAGAGAGAACCGCGCCACUGUGUCGUCCAAAGUCCGACGCGACAGGAGGAAGGUUCAUUUGCAGGUCCACAUCAAGACGGAGAGGAUCGUGUCGUCUGCAGAGGAUGAUGAAGCGGACGGCACGGAGACAGGCCCCCCGAGGAGCGCCCACGACCAGAGAACAAUGGGUGUGAGGGUGAAGGGUCGCCUCCCGCCGCUGCCACCGCCCACACGCCGCCCCUCCGCCGCCGCCACCACCACCACCAGUACCCACGCCCACCAUACGAAGGAUAAAGGAAAACUGAGCGAAAUUCUAGAGGCAUGCGACGCCAAGGUGGAGGAAUCUUUGGUGCUGAGUCGCCGGCUGAGCUCACGAGGCAUUUGGGUUUGCCUCGAGACCCUGCAGAGGGGCCUCAUGUCACCCACGGAGUACAGAGUCUACCAGGAGCACCUACAGGAGGAGCGGCAGAGGGAGCAGCAGGAGAAGGAGCAGCAGAGGAAGGAAGAAGAAGAGGAGAAGAAGAGACGUAAAGCUGAUGCACGAAGGAAUAUUUAAGGAAAUUUUCAGGAAAC